ACACACGCUGUCAGUCUGUCUGUCCGGUGCUGAAGAUGCGGCUGCGGCCAGUCGUUGUGUCCGUGUUUGUGGCGGCGGCAGUGGCUUAUUUCGUCUACAUCCCGCUGCCUGAAAACGUCCAGGAGCCAUGGAAGCUAAUGCUGCUGGAUGCUGCGUUCAGGGCCACAGUGCGCAUUGCCAUGAUAAAGGACUGGCUGGGCUUUGACCAUUUCAUCAGGAACAUCAGGUGGUCCACAGAGAGCCUUGAGGGCAUGAUGAAGACCAUGAGUGGCUCCAGAUCCGAUGGGGGGGUCAUGCCCGGGGUGAAGGUCAGCGACAUUACUUUCGCCGGUGUCCCUGUGCGGGUCUAUGAGCCCCCAGCCGGAGGGGAGGGUCAUCUGAGGAGAGGCCUGAUGUUUCUUCAUGGAGGGGGCUGGGCUCUUGGCAGUGGUAAGAAAGGAUCGUAUGAUGCAAUCAACAGGAGGUUGUCCGACGAGCUCAACACCGUUGUGGUUUCAGUUGAGUACCGCCUUUAUCCAGAGGUCCAUUUUCCUGAGCCGUAUAUAGACUGCCUUUCUGCCGCAAAGCAUUUCUUGUCUCAGGAGGUUCUGGCCAAGUACGCCAUUGAUCCAGAGCGUGUGGGUGUGUCUGGAGACAGCGCUGGGGGAAACCUGGCUGCAGCCGUCACUCAGGAGAUUUCCACAGAUACCAGCAUGAGUGUGAAAUUUAGCGUUCAGGCCCUGAUCUACCCCGUGCUUCAGACCCUGGACUUCAACACCCCCUCCUUUGUGCAGAACCAGAACAUGCCCAUCCUCUCCCGAACCCUCAUGAUCCAGUUCUGGUUGCAGUACCUCAAAGCUGACUUUUCCUUGCAUCCCCAGUUGUUGGUGAACAACCACAGCUCCUUACACCAGUCGGUUAUCCCGGCAGAGCUGAGGGCCCGGCUGGACUGGACCGUCCUCCUUCCACCAAAGUUCAAGAAGGAUCACAAGCCCCUGGUGGUGGAAAAAGGUUCACAUGGAAUAGUGAAGCAGGUGCCGGCGCUGCUGGACGUACGGGCGGCUCCUCUUCUGGCGGGGCCUGAGGUUUUGGCUAAAUGUCCGCGGGCUUACAUCCUCACGUGUGAACACGACGUGUUGAGGGACGACGGUCUGAUGUACGCGCGGCGCUUACAGGACGCGGGCGUCACGGUAACCAGUGACCACUAUGAGGACGGAUUCCACGGAUGUUUCAGCCUAAGUUUCUGGCCGUUUGAUUUUGACGUGGGGAGGAGGGCGGUCAGGGGUUACUUCAACUGGCUACAGACCAACUUAUAAGAGUGUGGAGGUGUGUGUGUGUGUGUGUGUGUGUGUGUGUGUGUGGCUGUGAAUUGCACUGUGUGUGUUACACUGAAUCCAAAUGCAAUAAUGUUUUCCCUAGGAUUAUAGAGGGUUUAUAUUCUGUGAUUUUAUUUUAUUUUUUUUAAAUUGUUAUUUAACUAAAAACAAAGCAUUUUGUCUUAAUUUUGGACAUACACGACUGCAAUAUUUUAAAGCAGCUCAAAGAAAGUUCAAACAAUUCUGUUCACUGAUAAAGUAAAUUACAGAUGACGACCACCUUUAACCCUUUCAUGCACAGUGGUCACUCCAGUGGA